UAGUUCUCAUAUCCGAAUCAACACACACUCUAUAUUAAUGGGGGAAGGGUUUUAGCUGAUAGAUUGCGAGAGAGAUUGUAGCUUCGAACGAUGGAAUACUCACCGGCAGUUGAUCUGGUUGACUUUCUGAACGCGUCGCCGACAGCCUUCCAUGCCGUCGAGGAAGCGAAGAAGAAGCUGAAGAGUGCAGGAUAUCAGCAAGUCUCAGAGAGAGAAGACUGGGAUUUGAAAGCCGGCAAUAAGUAUUACUUCACCCGGAACCACUCUACCAUCGUUGCCUUUGCUAUUGGCCAAAAAUAUGUUGCUGGAAAUGGGUUCUAUAUUCUUGGAGCUCAUACUGAUAGCCCCUGCUUGAAACUAAAGCCAACUACAAAGGUAUGUAAAGGUGGUUAUCUAGAAGUUGGUGUACAAACAUAUGGAGGUGGUCUCUGGCAUACGUGGUUUGAUCGUGAUUUAUCUGUUGCUGGGAGGAUAAUAGUAAGAGAAAGGAAAGACGGGUCAGAGUCCUAUGCACAGCGGCUGGUGAGAAUUCAGGAGCCUAUAAUGAGAAUCCCAACUUUGGCAAUACACUUGGACAGGGGAGUUAAUGAUGGAUUUAAAGUGAAUGCACAGAGUCAUCUUCUUCCAAUGCUGGCUACAUCAAUUAAGGCGGAGCUCAGUAAACCAGCUGCUGAUUCAGUUGAAAAUGGGGCUCCAAGUGUUGGGAAGUCUAGUGAAAAGAUAAACACUAAUGCUAAUAGGCAUCAUUCCCUUCUUCUGCAGCUACUUGCUGAUCAGGCUGGCUGUGAACCUGGUGACAUAUGUGAUUUUGAGCUGCAAGUAUGUGACACUCAACCAAGUCUUAUUGGUGGUGCUAUGAAGGAGUUUGUGUUUUCUGGAAGACUUGAUAAUCUUUGCAUGUCCUUCUGUUCUCUAAAGGCAUUGGUAGAUUCAACCUCUUCUGAGAACAGUCUACAGGAUGAAACUGGUGUAAGAAUGGUGGCUUUGUUUGAUCAUGAGGAGGUUGGGUCCAAUUCAGCCCAAGGAGCUGGAUCCCCUGUCAUGCUAGAUGCUCUCUCUCGAAUUACAAGUUCCUUUGACUCUGACUCGAAGUUGGUCACAAAAGCAAUCCAAAAGAGUUUGCUAGUCUCUGCUGACAUGGCACAUGCCUUACAUCCCAAUUAUAUGGAUAAGCAUGAAGAUAACCAUCAGCCAAAAAUUCAUGGCGGGCUUGUGAUUAAACACAAUGCAAAUCAACGAUAUGCAACCAAUGCUGUGACUUCGUUCAUUUUCAGGGAAAUAGCUGCCAAACACAACAUUCCUGUUCAGGACUUUGUGGUUCGCAAUGACAUGCCGUGCGGCUCAACCAUUGGACCCAUAUUGGCAAGCGGGGUGGGAAUUCGAACUGUUGACGUCGGGGCUCCUCAGUUGUCAAUGCACAGCAUAAGAGAGAUGUGUGGAGUGGAUGAUGUGAAGCAUUCAUACCAACACAUGAAGGCCUUUUUCGAAGAAUGCUCACAUCUCGAUGCCAAGAUCAACGUGGACAUGUAGCCAACACGAGCUGCUAAAUAGCUUUGCCCAAAUUCCUGCCUUACAUGCAAAGCUUUGAUCUGUAUUGUAUUGGACUGGAUUUCCCUUGUUAAUCUCAACUUUUAAUGAUUUGGUAUCCAAGUUGGUUGCUUUAUUUACUUGUUCA